GAUUGAGGCGGUAAAUUUGUCUCACGUACUCAACACCAGGUUGUCCUAGCAGAAAUCACUACAUUGCAGUAAAUAAAAUGAGUCGUUAUUCAACAAUCUACAGUUCAAGUUAUCGUCCUUUUGAUGAAAAUCGACGAACAAAUGUAAUUAAUAAAGCCACUAUUCCCCCUCCGCCUCAAUCUACUACAAUUUUAUCACAUAUGAACGGCACAAGUCUGUCACAUGUAGGUCAGACGUGGGCUGCUGAUCCUAAUCAUCAUUCAACGAUUACUACUGGUACAACAGCUAAUACUAGUUACACCCACGCCUCCCCAUAUCUUCCUUGUGUUAAUAACCGUUUAAUAAAUAACAGUACAACAAAUCAGACAGCAAACAGUCUAAGUUUACGUCGUAGUAUGUGGGAUGAUUGUGAACCACCAAUUAAUGAUAAGCAAAGAUCAAAAUUAUUAGAAAUUUAUAAUCCUGAUUUACCUGUUAGUAAUUUGUUGAAAACCAAUGGAAUUACAAAAGAUGACAGCACCAAUACACCUCAAUGUAAUUUUAACAGCACAUAUACUUCCGUAGUAUCGGAUAAAUUAAAUCCAUGUUCAGUGAUUUCUGCUACUGGUGCUUACGAAAGUAAUUAUAAUAAGCAAUCUUCAUCUACUACCAUAGCAAACACUGCACAAACAAUACAAAGUAGUUCAUCUUACUGUCCAACAAGAUCAAAAACACCGUCAAUUACUUCUUGUUUUUUUAAUUCGUCAGAUAAAUCACAAAAACAUUGUGAUACACUUACCAAGUCAGGAAAUAUUAAUUCUUUUAUUGGAAGUAGAAAUAUCACUGUUAUACCGAAUAAUACCAUCUUUCAAAUAGAUUUUAUGCAAAUGUUCAGUCAAAUUGCACGCAUCAAUAAUCAUCUGUUUCUUAGCAGUUUAAAUGCUAUCACACCAGACAGAUUACGUCAACAUGGCAUUACACUGUUGGUAUCUGCAAUGGUUGAUUCUCCACCGGCUCAUAUUCGUAACGCUGUAAUGAAUACUAUUCAUAUCCCUGUUGAAGAUGUAGAAAGUGCAAAUCUACGUAUUCACUUUGAUAGAGUAUCCGAUCGAAUAGCUGCUGAAAAUCGACGUGGGGGUAAAACACUAAUACAUUGUAUGGCAGGCGUUUCACGCUCAAGUACACUUAUAUUAGCUUAUUUAGUGCGUCACACAAAUAUGAGCCUUGCUGAUGCUUAUCAACAUGUACGCAGUAUAAGACCAUGUAUUCAGCCAAAUCCUGGAUUUUGGAGACAAUUAUUAGAAUAUGAAGAAAAACUACGCGGUAGUCGUUCACUUCGUUUACUUCCAUCGUUUACUAUCAGUGGAACACCAAGUGUAAAUUAUAGUACAAAUCGGCUGUAUGCGAAUAGUCCAAGGAGUGUAAUUGGUGGUUCAUCGUAUUCCGAUAUGUUUUCUAGAACCUCAAAUGAUCUAUUACCGAAUAAAUCCUUCAUUUCAUUGUAUCCUUUAGAUACAAUCACUUGUCGCCAACCUCUCGGUUAAUCAAGUUAAGGAAAUUUUAAGACAAUAUAUUAUUGUCUUUACAAGCAAAUAAAUUGUCUAUCGUAUUACGAAGCAUUUAAACUAAAAUUCAUUAGAAAUAUUCAUAUAUCGAGACAAGAUCAUUCGUUUUUGUGCUUCAAACAUUCAACAUUAUUCCGCAUACUUAUUUUGAGAGAAAGAGAAAAUUAUUUUAUUCAUUUUCACCGUUAGUUUUACACUAGAUUACUAUCGAAUUUCACUGACUGUCUUGCAUGCAUAUUACACAUGCGCAGACGUACACAUAUAAUACCUAUAUUUAGAUAUAUGUACAUUUACAUUCAUAUAUAUAUAUAUAGUUAUUAUUAUUAUUAUUGUUAUCGGCACAAAUAUUAAUGCAACAGCAUUAUCUAGAAGUUUAUUUUCGGUGAGUUUUUACUUUUGUGUUUUACACCUUGUGUACAAAUCUGCGUCCACGCAAACAAAGAACAACCAAUAAACUAUUCAUCUAUUUUUUUUCUGUUUUUAAUUUUCCAAGCAUUAAAAUGUAAACACUUACUUAAGUAGUUCUCUCUUUUUCUUAAUUCACUGUUUAUCAGUUUGCCGUUUCAAUGAUUCUCUGUUUUUUGAGUGUGUAUAUGUGUUCUCCAUUGAACAUGUCUGUUCGCCUUUUUCUAUCACUAUUAUACUAUACUACUUAUAAGUCCAUAUCUGUUUAUUUAUUUAUUUAUAUGUACAUUUACGAAUCCAGUAAAUACCGCCGAAUAAUCAUCAAAAUCAUUGACUGAAAAAGAAUUCAUUUAUUUUUUUAAUAUAAAAACUGUUCCACUGAAGAAAACCGAAUAAAAUUCAAUUUCGUAUCGUUUUUCAAGAGUAGAAGAGAUUUCUUUUAUUUUUCGUUUAAAAUUAAUAUUAUGCUUAUUAAUUAUGCUGUAAACCUAAAAGAAUUAACUGUUCUAUUCAUGUUUAAAUUGUGUUUAUUUAUUUUUUUUUUCUAUUUUCGAUUCCUUUAAUGCCUUUAACCUGUUAAUCAUUAACACAACACACAGGCCCAUUUGUUUCAUGUUCUUCUCCCUAUUAAAUUUGAUAAGGUUUCACCUGACCAAUUAAAAUCAUCACUGACUUUUAUUCACAAUGCUACAACAUACACAUCGACAGUCGGCUUUUUGUUACAUUGUUCUAUUUGACUGCUCGUGCGUGAAUGAGACAGAUUGGAAGAGAAGAAAGGAGAAUUUUCUUGUAUAUUGAUUCAUUCAAGAUGAUAGUCUUUUCUUUUUCUCUUUGCCCAUUCGUCGUCUUCAUGUACCCUGUGAAUGUAAACCAGAAAUAAUAAUAGUAAAAAUCCAGUAAAUAACAAUUUAACCUAGUUUUAUUUUGUUACCUAUGGAGUAAAUAUUGGCCCUUCUCCAGGAAGAAAUAAACACGAUUUUUCCUGGUCUAGUUGUGUUUUUUUUUGUUUUACUGUCAACUUUUUCGCCUCCUACAUACCGUUCUCUUUUUUAUUUUGAUAUUCUUUUCUCUCCUGAUUUAUCUAUUUCGGUUCUUUAUUGUUGUCGUUAUAAUAUUUUUGUCAACUAAUUUUCUUAUUCGUUUGAAUUAUACUUUUUUUUCAGUUAUUUCGCCUCCUCGAACUAUUGAACAUUCACAGAUAUUUCACAGACACAAUAUUAACUAACGCCCAGUUGUUAUAUAUAUAUAUAUAU